CUUUAGUUUUAUCAAAUCUCAAAUGAAAUGUUAAAAAUAAACAUUUAAUUUUUUAUAAAGACUACAGUUUUAAUUUAAAAUUAAAAUGUUAGGACAUAGUUUAAAAUGUUUGUUGAGAAGCAAUAGCUGUUUGGGAAACAAGAUUACUAGAAAUAUAGGACUGGUACCAAUAGUAGUAGAACAAACAGGCAGGGGUGACCGUGCAUAUGAUAUUUACUCAAGAUUGCUCAAAGAAAGGAUUAUUUGCCUUAUGGGACCAGUCCAUGAUAAUAUGAGUUCCCUUAUAGUUGCUCAAUUACUGUUUUUGCAGUCAGAGUCUUCCACAAAACCCAUUCAUCUGUAUAUAAAUUCACCAGGAGGAAGUGUGACUGCUGGAUUGGGAAUAUAUGAUACCAUGCAGUAUAUAUUGCCACCUAUUUCUACUUGGUGUGUUGGACAAGCUUGCAGUAUGGCAUCACUAUUAUUAGCUGCUGGUACUCCAGGUAUGAGACAUUCCCUUCCAAAUGCUAGAAUUAUGGUCCAUCAACCAUCUGGUGGUGCACAGGGCCAAGCAACAGAUAUUCAAAUCCAAGCACAAGAAAUUAUGAAAUUAAAAAAUCAAAUAAAUCAACUGUAUGUUCGACACACCGGACAAGAAUUGACAGUUAUAGAAAAAAGUAUGGAAAGAGAUUAUUUUAUGAGUCCAGAUGAAGCCAAAAAAUUUGGACUAAUAGAUAAAGUGCUUGUGAAACCUGCCAAAAAUGAAGUAGAGUCUGCUGAAGCUGAAAAUGUAGAUUAAAUAUAUUUUUCGUUUGUGUAUAUUGUUAAUAUUCUUCUAAGUUACAAAAUUCUGUUAAUGUCUUCUUUUAUUUGUAUUUAAGUAUUUGUAUUUUCAUAUUAGCCAACAUUAAAAUAAAUAGUUUAUUAUAAA